AUGGCUAAUGUCGCCGGUGUUUGCGGCGCAGUCAGUCCUGAAGUGAACGGAGCGGACACUUGUGGCAGUUCCUCGGUGGAGGACGGACUAGUCGACGCUUUUGGCGACCUUGCCGCUCUACCGGUGGAGGUCGGCGAGAGAAGACCGACGUGCUCACGGUGCCGUCGCCCUCAGAAGGUGUGUCUCUGUCCUUUUCUGCCACCGCAUCCUCUGGAGGUCUCCACGUGUCUGUACGUAGUGCAGCAUCCUGCAGAGGAGAGCAGAGUACUUCGCACUGUGCCCCUUCUUGCUGCUUGUUUGCCACAGGGAAAAUGCAAUGUCAUCAUUGGAAGGAGAUUCAGCGAGGAAAAGCACCCAGAGCUGGCUGCAGUAUGUCGCGACCGCAGAACGCUAAUUUUGUACCCAGGUCCCAAAUCACAGAACCUGGAGGAGGUAGUGCAAUACCAAGAAGUAGGCAGUGUAAAACAUAACGUCAUCAUCAUAGACGGCACCUGGAGCCAGGCGAAAAACAUGUUCCUCAAAAACAGCCUGUUCCACCUACCUAAACAGGUGCAGCUCCACAGGACACUCUCCAGUCAAUAUGUGAUCCGUACACAGCCGUCCAACAUUUGUCUGUCCACACUGGAAUGUGCCGCCGUUGCCCUUUCUAUCCUGGAGCAGAAUGACAACAUCCAGGAGGUUCUGCUGAGGCCCCUUAAAGCCCUGUGCUCCUUCCAGCUGCAGCAUGGUGCGCAGAUCCAUCAUAGCAAAGAGCAUCUACUCAGGAAUGGCAUGUAUGACAAACCCAUGCCCAAGAACAAACGCAAGAUAAAGAGGAUGGAGAAACUUGUCACUGACCACAACAUUUGCCCAAGAUGAGGAACGGACCUUAGCAGAGAGACUAGACUCAUCCCGGUAGACACAGAUGUUUAUACAGCCGCCGACGGUACAUCAUGGCAGCUUGUAGUGGACAUGGAUGUGUGUUUUUUGAACCGAUACAAAAAAUCGUAACUUACCUAUUUGUUAAAAAUUUUAAACAAAUUUAGGGCAAAUAAACUUGUCGUGGUGGCGAUAAAUCAGGUUUCACUGAUGUAAAGUCAGUUUACAUAAUCACGUCUUGUUUUUGGUUUUUGUAAACUGUGACAGUUCUGCUGACCAUGCUAGAUGUGGAAGGGCUGAUUCUGCUUAUGCCUCUUAUUGGCAGAGUAUUUGUUAGAUUGUUGAAACAAUGGUUUACUAAAACAAAUGAAACGGUUCACAAUUCUGAGACAGAGGAACAUAAGUAUUAUUCUGUCCAAUUUCAAGGUUAUUCAUUUCUUGACCUGUGCCGCAGUGAGUUCUCAAUAAAGUCCGACGUCUACUGGUCAUGCAUACAACAUUUAAAAAGGAUACAUGCAGAACCUGAGUUCCUAUAUAAUUAAAACUUUUUGUUUCUGCACUGCAGAAGGCCUACAGAAUCUGCAGGCCUUGUAAGACUCUUUGGUAGCUGAUUAAAUGCAAUUUGGUAGGAUAUGGAAAAUUACAGUUUACUGUUAAACAUAAUAAAAAAAAAAAAUCUUUUUUUUAGGAUGAAAUGAAUUAAUGACAAAAAACAACAGAAGGAUAGAAGAGUAUAUAAGAUGCAAUAAAAAACUAUUAAGUUAUCUAUUUCUGUCUGUUUGUCCCUCUGGUGUCGGUUGUCCUUGAUUUUUAGUAUCUAUAAUAUUUUUAGUCGUCACUGUGUAAAUGUUUGUCACUUUGUUUCCGGCCUCUUUUGGGACCAUGGCUUCCCUGUAUUUAUUUAUUGUACCUUUUGAGAAUUAAUAAAGCCUUAUGUCUCAUGUUUAA